AUGGUGGACCGCGGCGCGACGUCGUGUGGGACGAGCGGGGUGCUGUACGCGGUCAUCGCCUUCCUCACGGCAUCGCAGUGCACGUGGGUCUACUCAUGCACGUACCGCACCAUGAUGCGCGCGCAGUUCGGCCUCCCCGAGGCGCCCUGCGCCGACUGCCUCGUCCACCUCUGCUGCGAGCCCUGCGCGCUCUGCCAGCAGCACAGGGAGCUCACGGCACGCGGCCUCGGCCCCGUCUACGGCUGGGACUUCAACGCCGCCACGUACCCGACGCCCGCGCAGGGGAUGCGACGACGCUGA